AUGGUGCACUACUCGCACUACUCGCACUACUCGCACUACUCGCACUACUCGCACUACUCGCACUACUCGCACUACUCGCACUACUCGCACUACUCGCACUACUCGCACUACUCGCACUACUCGCACUACUCGCACUACUCGCACUACUCGCACUACUCGCACUACUCGCACUACUCGCACUACUCGCACUACUCGCACUACUCGCACUACUCGCACUACUCGCACUACUCGCACUACUCGCACUACUCGCACUACUCGCACUACUCGCACUACUCGCACUACUCGCACUACUCGCACUACUCGCACUACUCGCACUACUCGCACUACUCGCACUACUCGCACUACUCGCACUACUCGCACUACUCGCACUACUCGCACUACUCGCACUACUCGCACUACUCGCACUACUCGCACUACUCGCACUACUCGCACUACUCGCACUACUCGCACUACUCGCACUACUCGCACUACUCGCACUACUCGCACUACUCGCACUACUCGCACUACUCGCACUACUCGCACUACUCGCCGCGGAUAGGGGCGAAGUUCGCGUCCCGCGAGCCACUCAAGUUUGAUAGCGCGACGUGCGUGGGGCGGAAGGGCUUUGCGAGGCCCGUGGCGAAGUUCUUGGAGGAGUUGGAGAGAGGGGAGGGGGACACGCUCUAA